AUGAUAAUGCUGAGCCCAAAGUUAGGUAUACCCCUGUUCAGGCAUUUCUAUUACCCUAAAGGGUGUGACACCGGCUUUGGCCACAGAUUGGCUGUGCGUCUCAAUGAGCGCGGGUUUAGAGUCUACGCGACCGUCAUAUCCGAGUCCAGUGCCGGCGCUAUAGAGUUGCCCACAAACGCCCGCUUUCCCGACAAAAUGCAUGUAUUGGCUAUGGAUGUAACUAGAGAUAACCAUGUUCAACGAGCUUAUAAGUACAUCAAGCUGCAUUUAAAAGAAAAAUGCCAUGGUGAUUAUCUGUGGGCACUAGUAAACAACGCUGGCAUUUGUAAUGAAUGUCCCAUUGAAUGGGGAACUGAGGAAAUGUAUGAACAAGUGUUUGCAGUGAAUAUGUUUGGUGUGAUACGAGUGACCAGAGAUUUCCUACCACUUAUCCGAGCCUCACAAGGUCGGGUGGUGAACGUGUCGUGUAUAAUGGGCCGCAUAUCCAUGAGCCCUAUCGGGUGGUACUGUAUGUCCAAACACGCGGUGAUUGCCUUCUCGGACACACUUAGGCGUGAAAUGCGUUCAUUUGGUGUACGAGUGGUUACUAUCGAACCCUCGGGUUUUCGCACCGGUAUUACUGAUGAUCGCAACCGUUUUGGGAAAAUAUGCCGGACGUGGAGACACACGAGUACUCAUAUACAGAAAGCUUAUGGUAACGAAUAUUUGGAUGGAUUAAAAGAAAUGAUCAUUGAAUUCAACGCUGGAUUUCACCUUGGUGAUAAUAUUGAUAUUGUUGUAAACGAUAUGAUCGAUGCCAUUGAAAGUGUUGAGCCCCGAUUGGAAUAA